AUGGCCCGAAGAAGGCCCGAGGGGGCCGCAAAGAAGGCCCGAGGGGAACCCGAGGAGGGCACAAAGAAGGCCCAAGGAGGGUGCAAAGAAGGCCCUAGGAGGGCGCAAAGAAGGGCCCAGAGGAGGGCCCGAGUAGGGCCCAGAGAAGGCCCGAGGGGGGCCCAAAGAAGACCCGAGGGGGGCCCGAGGGGGCGCAAAGAAGGCCCGAGGGGGGCGCAAAGAAGGCCCGAGGGGGGCCCGAGGGGGCGCAAAGAAGGCCCGAGGGGGGCCCGAGGGGGCGCAAAGAAGGCCCGAGGGGGGCGCAAAGAAGGCCCGAGGGGGCGCAAAGAAGGCCCGAGGGGGGCGCAAAAAGGGCCCAAAGAAGGGCCCAGAGGAGGGGGCAAAGAAGGGCCCAGAGGAGGGGGCAAAGAAGGGCCCAGAGGAGGGCGCAAAGAAGGGCCCAGAGGAGGGCGCAAAGAAGGGCCCAGAGGAGGGCGCAAAGAAGGGCCCAGAGGAGGGCGCAAAGAAGGGCCCAGAGGAGGGCGCAAAGAAGGCCCAAGGAGGGUGCGCAAAAAGGCCCGAGGAGGGGUCGAGGAGGGCGCAGAGAAGGCCCAAGGGGGACGCAAAGAAGGGCCCGAAGAAGGCCUUAGGAGGACACGCGAAGAAGGCCCAAGGGGGCCCGAGCAGGGCGCAAAGAAGGGUGCGGAGAAGACCCAAAAAGGGCCCGAAGAAGGCCUGAGGGGGGCGCAAAGAAGGCCCGAGGGGGGGCGCAAAGAAGGCCCGAGGCGGGGCGCAAAGAAGGCCCGAGGGGGGGCGCAAAGAAGGCCCGAGGGGGGGCGCAAAGAAGGCCCGAGGGGAACCCGAGAAGGGCGCAAAGAAGGGCCCAAAGAAGGGCCCAGAGGAGGGCGCAAAGAAGGGCCCAGAGGAGGGCGCAAAGAAGGGUGCGCAAAAAGGCCCGAGGAGGGGUCGAGGAGGGCGCAGAGAAGGCCCAAGGGGGACGCAAAGAAGGGCCCAGAGGAGGGCGCAAAGAAGGGCCCGAAGAAGGCCUUAGGAGGACACGCGAAGAAGGCCCAAGGGGACCCGAGACAGCCCGAGGGGGGCCCAAAGGCGGCCCGAGCGGGGCCCGAGGAGGGCACAAAGAAGGGCCCAGAGGAGGGCACAAAGAAGGGCCCAGAGGAGGGCACAAAGGAGGGCGCAAAGAAGGGCCCAGAGGAGGGCGCAAAGAAGGGCCCAGAGGAGAGCGCAAAGAAGACCCGAGGGGAACCCGAGGAGAGUGCAAAGAAGGCCCGAGGAGGGCGCAAAGAAGGCCCAAGGAGGGGUUCAGAGGAGUGCGCAAAGAAGGGCCCAGAGGAGGGCCCGAAGAAGGCCCGAGGAGGGCCCAAGGGGGGCGCGGAGAAGGCCCAAGGGAAGCCCGAGGAGGGCGCAAAGAAGGCCCGAGGAGGGCGCAAAGAAGGCCCGAGGAGGGGUCCAGAGGAGUGCGCAAAGAAGGGCCCAGAGGAGGGCCCAAAGAAGGCUCGAGGAGGGCCCGAGGGGGGCGCGGAGAAGGCCCAAGGAGGGUGCGCGAAGAAGGGCCCUAGUAGGGCGCAAAGAAGACCCAAGGAGGGCACAAAGAAAGCCCAGAGGAGGGCCCGGAGAAGGCCCAAGGGAAGCCUGAGGAGAGCGCAAAGAAGGCCCGAGGAGGGCGCAAAGAAGGGCCCGAAGAAGGCCUUAGGAGGACACGCGAAGAAGGCCCAAGGGGGCCCAAGGAGGGCGCAAAGAAGGCCCGAGGAGGGUCCAAAAAAGGGCCCAAAGGAGGGCCCGAAGAAGCCCCGAGGAGGGCCCCGAGGAAGGCCCCAGGAGAGCUCGAGGGGGGCACGCGAAGAAGGCCCGAGGGGGGCGCGUGAAGAAGGACCGAGGGGGGCCCAAAGAAGGGCGAAAAGAAGGCCCGAGGGGGUCCCAAGGAGGGUGCAAAGAAGGCCUGAGGAGGGCGCGCGAAGAAGGACCGAGGGGGGCCCAAAGAAGGGCGAAAAGAAGGCCCGAGGGGGACGCAAAGAAGAGCCCAGAGGAGGGCCCGAAGAAGGCCCGAGGAGGGCGCAAAGACGGACCGAGGAGGGCCUGAGGAGGGCGCAAAGAAGGGCCCAGAGGGUGGCCCAAAGAAGGGCCCAGAGAAGGGCCCAGAGAAGGCCCGAGGAGGGCGCAAAGAAGGCCCGCGGAGGGCGCAAAGAAGGGCCCGAAAAAGGCCCGAGGGGGGGCGCAAAGAAGGCCCGAGGGGGGGCGCAAAGAAGGCCCGAGGAAGGACCCAGAGGAGGGUGCAAAGAAGGGCCCAAAGAAGGACCCGAAGAAGGCCCGAGGAGGGCACGAAGAAGAGCCCAGAGGAGGACCCGAAGAAGGCCCAAGGGGGGCCCGAGGGGGGCGCAAAGAAGGGCCCAGAGGAGGGCGCAAAGAAGGGCCCAGAGGAGGGCGCAAAGAAGGGCCCAGAGGAGGGCCCGAGGAGGGGUGCGGAGAAGACCCAAGAAGGGCCCGAAAAAGGCCUGA